AUGAAAUUAUUUGAUCGUCUCGUUCAUGCACUAGGGCUGAAGAAAAAAGAAGUUAACGUUUUAGUUGUUGGACUCAACAACAGUGGUAAGUCAACGGUGAUAAACCAUUUCAAACGCGAGGACGAGCGGUGCAUAGACAUUGUGCCUACUGUUGGGUUUAAUGUGGAAAAAUUCGCAUGUAAGUUUUGUGUAAUCGUGUUGAGUGAACUCUUUCAUCGUUUUCCUAAUUUUUGA